GCGUCACGUUGUGUGCGGCGUGGCCUGAUGACGUCUCACAACGCUGGACAACAUGGCGAAGAAACAACGUGGGAAAGCGAGCUCGACGUCAAAGACGGCGGACAUCGAAAAGCCCACCGAGAGUUUCACCUUGUCGUUGGAGUCUAGCGACGAUGAAGCUCCAGAGGAGGUGACCUUUGAAGACUCCAAAGCUGAGGCUCUGCGGAGCAUGAAACAGGCGCUGGAUACCGCUAGAAGGGAAAAGGAGCUGCUAAAAGAGAAGAGGAGGAAGAGACAGGAGCUCUUCCAGGAACAGAAGAAAAGAAAACUCUUAUCGGCUGACGUGUUGGAGGAAAUCGACUCAGCUUCCUCAAAGAAGCAGAAACAGUCUGAAGAUGAAGGUGAACAGGAGGAAAAGCCAGAAAAAGAGGGGCGAGACGGAAAGAAGAAGAAAAAGAAAAGGAGCGGGAAAUUGGCAAAUGCCCGGAAUCUGAAGGGGAAGUACACAGUGACGACGGUGAAAGAGCGAACGCUGGCAUCCUUCCAACAGCAGGUGGCCGAGGAGUUCAUCCGGUCCAGACUGUACGGACCAGGAACCUGCAGGACCACAAGUAAUGAGAUGCUGUCCCUCCAGAACAAGAAGGGGUGGAAUAAAAGUGCGGCAGUGCAUUUUGUCAAGAAAGACUGGGGUACGUUCAGAACAAGCCUGAGAUUGAUGACCAGAGGAAGUUUACUUCAGCUUUUACAGUCCAGUUACAGCCUCUAAGGAGAAAGCCAAAGCAGAGAAGCUGAAGAAGAGGUGGCUCCACAAACAGCAGAUUCCCUCCUGUUGAUGGGACGUAAGCCAUCAGCCUGUGAGCACACUUCGCCCCAUGGCUGUUUAAAAGGACUCAAAACAGUCAGCAUCACUGAGGGGGUGGCAGCACUGUUGAAGCUUCAGGAUGGGACGGUAUACAGACUCUGAACUUGUCACAGAGACUCAAAAGACUGAGAUCCCACCCAAUUAUAGUCCUUCAACAGGUUUUUCAUCACAGCUUUGCCUAGAAGCAGAGGUCUUAUUACUGGGUCUCACAGUUUGUAAGGCUUCAAUGUGAAUUUGUGUUUCGUGUUUUUCUGCAGUCACUUGUGUUUAAGGUGUUUUCAAACCUGAAAGGCUAAAAAUCAGAUGUUUUGCUUUUUUUUCUGUAAAAGUUCUGUAUGAAUAAAUGCUGAUUGUUUUCUUUCAUAUUUGUAUGAGAUAAAAACCCUGAUGCCUUCA